UUUUCCCGGUUGAGGCCCGGUCCGCCUGCCCGAGAAAGUCGCCUGGGUCCCGGGUGACGGCGGGUCAAAGCCCCCCGAAAUGGGAUUUGUUAAAGUUGUUAAAAGCAAGGCGUACUUCAGGAGGUACCAAGUGAAAUUUAGGAGGAGGAGAGAGGGAAAGACUGACUAUUUUGCACGCAAACGUUUGGUGGUACAAGAUAAAAACAAGUACAACACACCAAAGUACAGGAUGAUUGUACGAUUUACCAACCGGGACAUCACAUGCCAGAUUGCAUAUGCUAAGAUUGAGGGUGAUAUUAUUGUAUGUGCUGCUUAUGGUCACGAACUGCCAAAGUAUGGCAUAAAGGUCGGGCUUACAAACUACGCAGCAGCCUAUUGCACAGGUCUGCUUCUGGCCCGCAGGCUGCUGAACAAAUUUGGGUUGGACAAGAUCUACGAGGGAAUGGUGGAAGUUACUGGUGAUGAAUACAAUGUGGAGAGCAUUGACGGAAAGCCUAGUGCUUUCACUUGUUACUUGGAUGCUGGUCUUGCUCGAACUACCACAGGCAACAAAGUCUUUGGAGCUUUGAAAGGUGCAGUGGAUGGUGGCUUGUCUAUUCCACACAGUACUAAACGAUUUCCUGGCUACGACUCUGAGAGCAAGGAGUUCAAUCCUGAAGUCCAUCAUAAACACAUCUUCGGAUUGAAUAUUGCUGAGUACAUGCGGAACCUUGUAGAAGAGGAUGAAGAUGCCUACAAGAAACAAUUCUCUCAAUACAUAAAACACGGAGUCACAGCUGACAAGAUAGAGGAUAUGUACAAGAAAGCCCAUGCUGGCAUCCGAGAGAACCCAAUCCAUGAGAAGAAACCCAAGAAGGAAGUGAAGAAAAAGAGGUGGAACCGUGCCAAGUUGUCAUUGGAGCAGAGAAAGAAUCGGGUCGCUCAAAAGAAAGCCAGCUUCUUACGAGCACAGGCACAGACACAAGACAGUUAAACAGUUGCCUUUCAUCAUUGUUAAUAAAAAAAUUCUACAAACACACAAGACAAAGCAUGUAAACUUUGUCCUAAUAAAUUC